AUUGUCAAGCGCGGCGUUUGCGCGCGGUCACGUGGUGCCUUGCGCGGGCUUCAAAUAGCCCCCGCGAGCCAGCCGGCAGCCAGAUCGCGCUCCGGCACGGGCGGGGGCCGUCGCCGAGGUUUGCGCCAUGACGACGCGGGCGCUCAGAUAACAUGAAAUUGAUCCAGCCGCAGCAAAGGCAACAUGCACGCGGACAGCGAGGAGCCGGCUGACUCCAGGUGCGUUCGGAUCCUGUUCCAGGACGGGGAGCGGAGCGCCGUGCGGACCUUGCAGUGGCGAGCGGGAGAGAGCGGCCAGGCGCUGGCGCAGCUGUGCGCCGCCACUUUCGGCGUGUCGGAGCCGCAGCGCUACGCGCUGUACUGGCGCAGCGGCGGCGAGAUGCGCGCCCUGCCGCCGCAGGCGCAGCCCCAAGACCUGGCGGGCCACAGCGAGGGAGGCCCCUCCCUCUCCUACCUGAGGACCGACCACGACUUCAGCAAGAUGCGGCGCCUCACCAGAGGGGGGGCCGUGGACCUGAGCGAGUCGGUGUGCGAGGAGUGAGCGGGAAGCGCGGGCUCGGACGCAAGGACGGAAGGAUGCAAGCCACUCAC